UUCAUCACGUCUGAAUUUCCCAGAUCUUCCCAUCUUUGUCUGUUGCCUUUUCUCCACAUCCGAAUAUCUCAGAUCUUCCCAUCGUUCUGUCUUCAAUAUCAAUUUUCUUGUGUUUUCUUGAUCAAUCAAUGAUUAGAUGAUCGAUGAUGAAAAGUGAUGAUCCGAUUAUAUAGCGGCUAAUUAAAUUGGAUGCAUGCAUGCAGUGGUUGAAUUAAUUAGAGAUUGUGAGAAGAAUGUCGAAUUUGUAUGGCGAUUAUAACCAGAAGAUUGAUUAUGUAUUCAAGGUGGUUCUGAUUGGAGACUCCGCAGUUGGGAAAACUCAGCUCCUUGCUCGGUUUGCUAGGAACGAAUUCAGCCUCGAUUCCAAGGCCACCAUAGGGGUUGAAUUUCAGACCAAAACCAUCAUCGUUGAUAAUAAAACCAUCAAGGCACAGAUAUGGGAUACAGCUGGUCAAGAAAGGUACAGGGCAGUUACUAGUGCAUACUAUCGAGGCGCCCUUGGGGCAAUGUUAGUUUAUGACAUGACAAAGCGUCAAUCGUUCGAUCACAUGGCGAGGUGGUUAGAAGAGCUAAGAGGUCACGCUGACAAGAACAUUGUGAUCAUGCUAAUUGGCAACAAGUGUGAUCUGGGAAGUCUCAGAGCAGUGCCAACAGAAGAUGCAGAGGAAUUUGCUCAAAGAGAGAACUUGUUCUUUAUGGAGACAUCAGCACUUGAGUCUACUAAUGUUGAAACGUGCUUUUUGACUAUUCUUACUGAGAUAUACAGAAUUAAUGCCAAGAAAACACUAACUGUAGGUGAUGACCCUGAUGGGGGUUCAGGGCUUCUCAAGGGAAGUAGGAUAAUUGUUCCAAACCAAGAGAUGGAUGGUGGUGGAAAGAAGGGUGGGUGCUGUUUUUCCUCCUAGCUUUUGUAACCGUAACCAAAUUCUCAUUCCACAAGGUGAGGUCAGCUAUAUGGAUGACAGAAAAGAUAUCGACAAGUUUUAAGUUGGCGGCCUAACACAGUCCUCCUCUUACCUUUUGUACUAUUUCAGAUUUUUUCUCACGGGAAGCAUAUUGCUCAUUCAAGUUCUUCCUUUGUAGAAUGGGUAAUUACUUUUUUAGUGAUGAUCUCCUCAGCCAUCACCCAUAUUUAGGCUGUGUAUUUAAAUUUGUUAAUACCAAUUGGCCCUUCUUCCACACGAUGGUGAUCAACAGAAGCUACAGAUGUAUUUAUUGA